AUGAUCCUGAAGGGCAGGUUCCCCGAAGCAGAUUACCGGGUGUUUGAUGUUGGAUCUGCCAUUCCCAUCAUCAUGGGAUCAAACAUUGGCACAUCUGUCACCAAUGCUACCAUAGUGGCUCUAAUGCAGGCAGGGGAGAGAGAGGAGUUCAAACGAGCCUUUGGGGGUGCCACAGUGCACGAUUGCUUUAACUGGCUGUCAGUGUUGGUGUUACUGCCGCUGGAAGCCGUCACUGGCGUGAUGAGGCUCGCGUCGGAGGCGGUGGUUGAAAGUUUCAACAUCGUGACCGGGGAGGAUGGUCCAGGGCUCUUGAAAGUCAUCACAGAACCCCUCACCAAAAGUAUUAUACAGCUGGAUAAGACUGUAAUCGUAGUUAUAGCCACAGGGAAAGAGGUGCUGCGCAAUAAGAGCCUGAUAAAACUGUGUUGUCAGACACGGAUCAUGAUCCAAGAGAAUGUUUCUUUUCCGCAUUCAGAAGCCUCAGCUGUACCAACCACAUCACUUCACAUGAAUGCCGAAAAAUGCACUCAUCUAUUUGUGGAGACGGGAUUGUCUGAUCUGGCGGUGGGCUUGAUUCUGCUGUCUUUUUCACUGCUGGUGCUUUGCACCUGCCUCCUGAUGCUGGUUAAGCUUCUAAACUCCCUCCUCCAGGGACAAGUGGCUAAAGCGAUCCAGAAAAUCAUCAACACAGGUAAAUAAAUACCCGUUUAUAGAGUUAAUGUGAUUGUCAGGACAGGAGUCGUGUGAAAUGCCUUCAUAAAAUAUUUCUCUCCGAUAUUUUUUUCUUAUUUGACCACAUGGUUCACUGUAUUGCAUUUUAUGAAUAUUGAUGGUCCAAUCAGCAUAUUUAUGAUAUUUAUU